GUAAGUUGUUCAUCAGUGUGCUAAGAGAAUUACAGAAAAAUUGACGAGAAGCCUUCUUGAGCAAAUGAUAAUGUAAGGUAAGGGCUAGAAAGGGGAGCAUUAUGUUGUAACAUCCAAUGUGAAUAAUUUGAAAUAAUUUCCUUCUUUAUGAAAAUUUGCGCCAGCAUUUGAUACCAAACUAGCAAUUAUCUAACACAUGGAUAAACUGAACAGCACCAUGUGGAGUUAUGCUACAGUUCUCUCAGCAAGAUUUCUUUUUAACCUUCCUGAUAUUACCCUAUUUACUCAUUCAUGCAUGAAUGAACUUCUAAAAUGUUGGAUCGUAAUACGUCUUGAAGCGUGAUGACAUAUUACAGUACAUCAACAUUAGAAGGCUGAUGUCUUGGCACAUCUUCCAGAGUAAUCCAUUUGCCACCCAUAGCCUCAAAAUCUUAUUUACCUUAAUAUUUCUCUCUUAUUUUGAAUAUACAAACAUCAUUUUUCUUGAAGCAUUCAUAAUACACUCACAUAUCGAUUUUCUUUUUCAUAUAUCAGAAUGUGGAUGAAUUAGUGUGGAGCUUAUGGCUGUUCUCUUCCAUUCUUUAGCAGCACAGUCAUAAGAGGCAGUAGUUUUUGGUAACGCUACCACUUUUUGUCUUUUUUUUGCAGGGAUAAAUCUCUUGUUUCAUUUUGUUACUGCGAAUACUAAUGGGUUGCAAAGUUUUUCAGUGAAAGAACAUGAAUCGCCAGCUACUUCAUCCUGAUGAAGACAUAUUUUUCACCUUCGCCUUGAAUCUUGUUAAUAAAGCAGGAACACUUGUUCGAACUGCCUUCGAACAGCCAUGUUCAGAAGUGCAUACGAAAGUGUCGAACAUCGAUUUGGUGACAGAAACAGAUCAGGCGGUUGAAAAAAUGUUGAUCAAGAAUCUUUCGAAAGAAUUUCCUGACCAUAAGUUUAUUGGUGAAGAGUCUGUGGCAAGUGGUGCGAAAAUUGAUUAUACCGAUGCACCCACCUGGAUUAUUGAUCCAAUCGAUGGCACCACAAACUUCGUGCACAGAAUUCCAAUUAUUGCCAUAUGUGUAGGACUGGCUAUUAAGAAGCAGUUGCGUGCCGGUAUUGUUUAUAAUCCAAUUACUAAAGAGCUUUAUACUGCACAGUCAGGACGAGGAGCUUUUCGAAAUGGUUUUCCAAUUCAUGUUUCUGCUACCAAAGAAAUAAGUCAAUGCCUACUUGGUCAGUCACAUGGAAUUCAUAAUUUGGCUGAAUUUGGUGAAAAAUGGUUGAAAAUCACGUCAGAUAACCAUAGUCGGCAAUGUCUUGCAGGCAUACGAGGACAUCGUUCAUUCGGCUCUGCAGCUAUGAAUAUGGUCUAUGUAGCUCAAGGUGGACUGGAUGCGUAUAUUGAGUAUGGUCUCCACGCAUGGGACAUGGCCGCUGCUGGGAUCAUUGUUAAAGAAGCCGGUGGUGUGUUAUUAGAUCCAACAGGGGGCGAAUUUGACAUUAUGAGCCGUCGAAUUCUUUGCACCUCAACUCCCGAGCUGGCUAAGGCAAUACGAUCAACUCUCAGUCAUGUUGAGUAUGAGAAAGAAGGAUGA